AGUUCUUCAGGGCUGUCUCUGUGGUCCAGGCUUUGAUCUGGGAAAGGUUGCGCCUCAUUGCAGAGUUGAAGCUAUCUCCCUGCUUUGUUUACACGAACGCCCUUCCAGGACUCUGUCUGCUUUUGGGGUGGACGUGCCCUGCCAAAAACUCCAGCUCUCCAUGCUGGCUGUGUGGCCAGCAUACCUCCUGCCUUUUCAACGAUUCCUCUGCCCUGGAUAGAGAGCGGUGUCUCAUAACAGUUUGGAAACUACAAAAGUUUCCCUGGCAGGAUGAAUGAUGGACUCGGUAACAUGUUUUUGCCUUUUGGAGUUGCCCUCCAAUUUUUCCAGGCUUGAUUCUGUAAAUCAUUUCAUCUUGUAAAAAUACUGGGCUGUGAGCACAGAUGAUCUCAAAGAUGAGGAAACAGAAGCUUGGAGAUGUGAGUAAACAUUUCCAAGGUCCUGCAGCUAAUCAGUGGCUGACAACUUCUUUCCUCUUCCUAUUUUGCCAUCCAUGUCAUGGUUUGUGUCAAGGCUCUAGGAGAAGUCUACCAUCAGCACCACAGCUCCUGUGCACAAAUCCAGAAUGCCAGACUGAAGGCAGAAGAAAGGAGAUGAUGUGGCUCAUUGCUGAUGCUGAGAUCCAAUGUCCAGUGCCAGAGUUCCCCUGGAUUCUGAGCACUAGGGGCUGGACUGUGGGGACCAUCAGUUCAUAACAUCCUGUCCCUGCUCCCUGCUAUAGAUGACUGAGGCCAGGUGACAAGGACACUUAACUUCAUAAAUUAAAAAUGUGUAAAUUAUAAAAUGAAUUUUUAAUUAUAGAAUGAAUUGAUGUUCAGCAAAGAAAGUUGAAUGUAAUAAAACUCUCAUUUAAUUAUUUCCAUUAUUUGCUUUCAUCAUCAAAGGGAAAAAACAUCUCUCUGAAGUUAAAAGGUAUUUCAUUUUGAUUUAUUAUAGAAAGAAGAUUGGAAAAUCUCCCACGACCAAGGAAAAUUAUGAAAAAUAUUUCUGACAUUUUGUCUACUAUGCAUUUUAUUUUUGAGGGUGGUUAUUAGAUUAGUGUGACUAUUUUGUAUUUCUUACCCUGUUACAAACUUUUAAAAAAUUGCUCUUACAGUUAUCAUUAAGCACAUAAUUUUAAAUUCCUAAUCAGGGUUCUUAAACAAGAGAGAAGCACUCUCAUACCCCUAGAACAAGAAGAACAAAAGAAGGAGGAAAAAUCUUGACCUCCGGAAGAUCCAGGAUGGCACGUGCGAGGCACUGACACAGCAUCCGCUGGCAUCACCGACUCUCCUGGAACCCAGAAGCCCCACUUCCCAGGCUUGGAAACCCUGCAACAAUGAAAAGGAACCACAGACAAGCCAUAAGGAAGAGAAUUUUUCUAUUAAAAAAUAAAUACAAAUGCAUCCUUAGAGGCAGUUUUCAUGAGGACAGGGAGAAUCGGGUUUUGUGUGUGCCUGAUUUCGUUUUUCUGUCUAAAAGAUACAAAACAAUCAACUGAGUUAACUUGAACUUACAAAGAUUAAAAAUAAUCAAUUCCUGUUACUAUUUUCAGUUUUUCCCCAGUUUUACUUCUUUAGGUAUGAAGAAAUACAGCCGAUUAAAACCUGGAUUAAUAAAAAACCUUUCAUUAACUUUUAGAA